UCUUGGAGCUCUCUUCAGGUCUGGCCCUGAGACCAGGUCUCCAGGUCUACAGGUCUACAGGUCUCCACACAGGACUACAGGUCUACAGGUCUACAGGUCUCUAGGUCUACAGGUCUCCAGGACUACAGGUCUACAGGUCUCCAGGUCUACAGGUCUGCAGGUCUCCAGGUCUCCAGGUCUACGGGGUCCGCCCCCCCACAGCAGGCCGCCCUGUGCCUGGCAGCGGGGGGAACAAGAUAAGAUGCGCUUGUUGUUGUGAGCGCGGACGUCUCCGAGGUCGAGAGGUCACGCGAGCUCAGAGCUGCAGGUCACAACAACAACAACAACAUUCACACUGGCUUAAAGAGACACAUCAAAGGUCAAAGGUCAAAGGUGAGGAUGGAAUAUGUCCUGAAAGGUAAAGGUGUCAUUAGAUGUAUCUCGUGACUCCAUCACUGUGUCCUUUGUUCCCGAGACACGGUGUCCUCAUUCCUCAGUGUGAUGUCACCUGUCUCACAUGUCUCACAUGUCUCACCUGUCUCACAUGUCUCACCUAUCUCACCUGUCUCACCUAUCUCACAUGUCUCACCUAUCUCACAUGUCUCACCUGUCUCACCUAUCUCACAUGUCUCACCCCUCUCACCUGUCUCACCCCUCUCACAUGUCUCACCCCUCUCACCUGUCUCACAUGUCUCACCCCUCUCACAUGUCUCACCUGUCUCACCCGUCUCACCUGUCUCACCCCUCUCACAUGUCUCACCCCUCUCACAUGUCUCACAUGUCUCACCUGUCUCACAUGUCUCACCUAUCUCACAUGUCUCACAUGUCUCACAUGUCUCACAUGUCUCACCUAUCUCACCUAUCUCACAUGUCUCACAUGUCUCACCUAUCUCACAUGUCUCACAUGUCUCACAUGUCUCACAUGUCUCACAUGUCUCACCUAUCUCACAUGUCUCACCUGUCUCACAUGUCUCACCUGUCUCACCUAUCUCACCAAAGUUGUUGAUGAAUCAGGAAUGUUCCUUCAUCUGUUCGUUCUACACAAAAUGUCCUGUGACAUCACUCCGGAAUGUAAACGACUCAGCUGUUUGUGUGUGUGUGAGUGUGUGUGAGUGUGAGUGUGUGCGUGUGUGUGUGUUUGUGUGUGUGUGUGUGAGAGCUAUAAAAGCAGCUGAUCAGGAGUCCGUACAACAGGAGCUUCUUCUCUCGACAUCUUUACAGGUCAGUGACUGGCUGAGUGUGUGUGUGUUGUUGACGUUGUGUUGUUGUGUUGUUGUCCUCCUCAGCGCCAUGGCGACCCUCCUCCCUGCUGCUCUGCUGCUGCUGCUGCUCCCUGGCUCUCCGGCUCGAGACUCCCGGCAGACGCCCUUCUCCAUCGUGGUGAGGAACUCGGUGACGAACGCCCCCUUGAGGACCUUCAGGGCGUCCGUGGCCUUCAGGGGGAUCCUGCUGGGCGGGAUGAGGAGGCUGCAGGACUCCGACGACGGCUUCAGGUUCGAGUACAUGGAGGACGUGAACUACGGCCCGUACCUGGAGAGCGUGAACGGGUUGGCCGGUUGCUACGACGACCGGACCUACUGGGAGCUGCUGGUGCAGAAACCCAACAGUCAGGUCCUCCGGCCGGACGUCGGGAUCGGGUGUUACAUUCCGAGAGCGGGCGACGUGAUAAUCCUGAACUUCACAACGUACUGAGGCCCCGAGGAGCCGCUCACCCGUUGGCUCUGAUGGUCCAGACUCGUCCUCCUGACCGCGCGUUGCUCUGUGAUGAUGUCAUGCUCUGUGAUGAUGUCAUAUUAUUACACGCCUGCUUUGUUUGAACAUUUUAAUGAAAACAUUCAAAUUAAAAUCUCCUUCACAGCACGAAA